CAUUCUUCUCUCCAGUCCUUUUCCGCCGUUAUCGUUUACAACGUCAAAUAUUUGUUUUUUGAAGUUGUUAAAAUAGACUUAUUUACAUGAUUUAAAAUUAAUUGUAGUUCGGAAAAUGAAAUUUGUGUGGAAUUGCCAUAAUUCGACUUUCUAGAGACGUAUUUUGCUAUGCUGGGUUUUGACAAUCACCUAAUCCAUGCAAGACGGUAAAAAGCCGACAACGAAAUUUAUUUGUUUAUAAAGAUUCGCCAGUUUUCAAAGAAAGCCAGAAAAGCUCGAUUCUUUCGCCAUGUUGGAGUUUAACAGUUCCAGUGAUAGCGAUGACGAUGUCGUUAUUGGUGAUUUGUCAAAGACCUCAAUCCUCUUCCCACAACACGAGGGACCGUUAACUCCAUUGCAGUGCGACGUUGUGUCUCCGUUUGGCUAUCAACUUCGAAGACACACCCCGUGGUAUGGACACGAACACUUUGGAGACUGGCCUCACAAAGGGAGUGCCCUCAGUUUGGGGGAAUCCAACAUCCUCAAGUACGGUGUGACGUAUCCUCUUCGCACAGGACUUGACAAUCCCGACAAGAUUCUACUUCCAGAAACGAUCAUUUAUCUUCUCGUACCUAAAAUGGGAAUCACCUCUUCAGCCUUCGACGUGGAAGUGGAAGACGACAAAGUUUUUGAAGAGAUUUUUCUAAGUAAUGGGAUCUGUACCGUGUCACUCGGGCCGUUGGGUGGACCGUCGAGAGUUAAAGCAAUUUUCAGACCACUUGACUCAUAUGGAACUGGAGGGAAAGUUAAGAGUGUGGUAAAAACCGAGUUUCCUCAAGAUAUUAAGACUGAUGAUUCUGAUUUGAAAGAUACGUACUACUGCCUUGUCGAGAACAGUGGGAUUUCGUUGUAUGCUGAUGGAAAGAGUGAAAGUCAUGUCGCAUAUAUGGCCGAGUUUCAAAUCGAUAGGGUUGUACACACUCCACACGGCCUCAUUGUCAUCCCUAUUCAGCAAAUACCAAAUGACGCCAAUGAUUCUCACGACUCUAAAUACUUAUAUGUAUUGACGCAUCCGGCAAAACAAGUUAGCCGAGUUUGGGUCAAAGCGUCUGGAAAUGAUUUUCUAGAGUUUGACUCAUCCCAUGAGAAACUAUUGGGUUGCGACAACAAUAUUUGCGUUUUUUGGGAUAUUUUUGGAAACUCUGGAUUUUCUGUUAAACGACUUAUUCGUCUAAAGAAACAGGAUAUUGCUGAUAGCACGACGUUAAAUGCUUCAAUAUAUUACACAAAUCUAGAACAAUCUACAUCACCAUUUACGCCAGCAGGAGGAUCUUCCAUGUAUUCUCCAAUAGGAAGACCUCCACAGAAAAGUUCGAGUAUACGAAUGAAUAGUAAAGAAGUACAUUUUAGAGAAGGAAGUUCCAUAAACUACUGGCCAAGCUUUAGUUUUGACUACUCCAACAUGACUAGCCAUGGUCAUGGACUGGCCACGGGUUUUUAUCCACCGCAUUACUGUGUGUACGAUGACCCAGAAUUUUAUUUCCGUCCACUUUUUAAUUGUUUUGACACAGUGACGGCUGAAAGUGAACCCAGCAAAUUUCAACUAGUUGUCAAACGAGAUUUGAACUGUGAACAUCUUGCAGUGUGGUUUUUAAUUGGCAAAACUCUCUAUGUGCAUUCAAUAGACAUCGUCCUAGGGAAACAGCUCAACAGUUACGACAUUGAGGAUGUAGAAGAUUUCGUAUGUUCCGAAUCAAAACAUGGAACUUCACUCGUGUGCAUUUUGACCACGGAUAAUUUAAUCAAAAUCGGAUUUCUAGACGACACUUCUGCAGUUACUGUUUCUGUUGAUCUCUUACAUUCCAUCGACGAACGGAUAUGUGCGUUAGACACCUUUUUGUAUGGAGACACUUUAGUGUGCAGUAUUGACAAGUCGAUUGAAAAGGUUGUUAUUACGCUUAAAAAUUAUCAAAAGUUCGGGCUGAUAUCCAUAUGUAUUCAUCAUUUUUCUACGAAACUCCCGUCCAACAUCGUAACCCAAAUAGUUUCUUUGUAUACGGUUCACCAAACUGUGGAUUUACUGGACCAUGAGUGGAAAGUGUUUAUAAAUAUAAUUAAGCAAGUUGUUGAUACUCUCCUCGAACAUAAUUUAUGGCCAAUGCUGGACAAGUUUAUUGAAGCUAUCCAAGAAGUUCUCGAGGAAUUGACAGCAACUGGAGGUGCGGAUGACUACAUAUCUAAACUUGCAGACUUGCACUCUUGGCUUUGUCUCCAGCGCUGUGACAGUAAGACGGAGGAUCCUCUCUAUGCAAAUUCUUCUGUGUUCUACAAGUUUUUGCAAUUGCUGUCCAUGGAAAAUCCACAUGGUCCUUUAUUUGACAGCCUUCCUCCGGUCAUGCAACUGUUGCUGGACGAUACAGAUAAUAUUAGCACAAUUUGUAAAUUGAGCGAGUGCAAGUCGUCGGGACAGAGUUUUGCUCCUGUAAUUGAUAUAUUAAUUGCUGACGUCCUUCGACGAAACCAGGAUAAAGUGUCAUUUGACUGGCCAGAGUCUGUGAUAUCUAUGAUGGGGAGGGAAGAUUAUUUAAUACCAAAGGCGCCUGAAAUUAACGUUCCAAUUAGAUAUAACCCAUUUAGUGAUCGGGAAGACAUGAGUGACGAAAAUUGCGAUUGGACAUCAUAUGUACUGAGUUUGAAAAUAUUUUCUGAAGACCGGCGGUUGGAAGAAGUUUGCAAAUUAUUGGAUUCUGCGUCACCUCUAAUGAUUGACAUUGAACAAAAAGCAGAAAUGUCUGACCAUGAUUUUCUGGAAGACCAAGAAAGGCAUUUGUUGCAGAUGAUGCAGGUUACAUUAUCUGCCCCUGUGGGAAGAUCUGCAUUUACCUUAAGGACAGAAGUCAAAGCAUUUUCAAAUUUGACAAAUAUUGUUGGCAUUCCUAGACUGUGCCUAACAGGAAAAUGUUCAAGACGGGGAACUAACAUUGAAGUGAACGAUACCGAAUUGUCUACUUCCCUAUGGCCGACUUUUCAUAAUGCCGUUGCUUCAACGCUAGCUGUGAGGUUUGCUGACCAACCUGCGGACGAAUGGUUUGCAUAUAAUAAGACAAAGACCACGGAAGGAGCUGAACAGGCUGGGAUGAUACUUGGAUUUGGGCUUAAUGGAAUUUUAACGUCCAUGCCAUCAACAUUACAACAUGACUACCUUUCAAAAGAAAACUCAUUCAUGUCCAUGGCUAUGCUUUUAGGACUUGGGGUUAAUAACGCAGGGACUGGUGAUAUUGCGACAUGGAAAAUUAUCAGUCUGCAUAUCGGGGCGAUGAUGCCGGCAUGUACAACAGAGCUUGAAAUUCCAAAGUUGGCAUCGUUAGUUGCGCCCUGUGCCCUAGGAAUUUUAUUCAUGGGAACCCAUCACAAUCACAUUGCAAAAGUUCUAUUGGGAGAAAUAUCAAAACGUUACAGUCCGCUUUGUUUAUACGGAGGUGGGAACAAUAAUAAUUCGGCAGCCCCAACGAACACUACGGACACAAGUGGUUCCAUUGCAGAUAGAGAAGCUCAUUCAUUGUGUGCAGGGUUUGGACUGGGAUUCGUUAAUCUUGGAAAAGGCCGCCUAAACGGUGGAGGCAUGGACGAAGACGGUUUUGAUGGGAUACUUCGAAGAUUUGUUGUCGGGGGCCCAAAACCAUCUACAGGGAAUAAUGAUGACGACGAACAUGGACAAGUAGGUCAAACUCUUCCAUCAUUGUGGGAAGAAUAUAGAUGUUGUCAUAUUGAGGAAGGAGACAACGUUAACGUUGAUGUAGCAACACCCUCAGCCAUAGUUGCUGUCGCACUGACGUAUUUGAAAAGUGGUAAUGAAGCUGUGUUGAAAUGGUUGUCGCCACCAAACACAAUUCAUUUGCUUGAUGGUGUUCGCCCAGACAUUCUCAUGUUACGAUCCUUGGCUUAUAUUCUUGUUUUAAAAGAAACGCCCGACGUUAGCGUAGAAUGGCUACAGAGAGAUUUAAUGCCUCAAGCACUUAUUGAUAAGGCAAUGACAAAAACCAAUGAGUACCAUCGUAUCGGCUAUGAUUGUACAAAUCAAGCAUGGGCAAGUAUUAUCUGUGGGUAUUGCUUGGGUCUUGGGAUUAGACGGGCAGGAACUAGAGACGGGGCCACAGUACGAACAGUGUACCAUUACAUCAACUAUAUGCUGGAAAUGGCCUUCCCAGAAAAUAAUGUCAAUGCAUAUUUUCCUAAAAAUUUCUUGGAAUCUACUCUUUGCUCAAUGAUGCUUUCAUUGUCUCUUCUGCUGGCCGGAAGUGGUGACGUUUCAGCACUUCGACUGCUUAGAUAUAUGCAACACAAAAUAUCCGGAAUUGCAGUAACAGCAUCAAAUAAUUCGUACGGAUUGGAAAUGUGUAUUUCAAUGACCAUUGGUAUACUUUUCCUUGGUGGAGGCAGAUACUCUUUAUGCUGUGAUGAUCGGAGCAUUGCUGUGAUACUUGCUUCUGUAUUUCCAAAAUGGCCUAUUAAUGCCAAUGAUAAUAGAUAUCAUCUGCAAGCCCUAAGACAUUUAUAUGUGUUAGCUUGUCAGCCUAGGUUAUUACUUCCCAAGCCAAUGCCUCAUGGAAAGUUAUUAUUCUUCGAAAUCGAAUAUGUAAACGGUCAAGUUGAAAAACUUAAAGCUCCGCUACUGUUGCCUCCUUUCGAUUUAAUUAAAAGGAUUACAUUAGUUGAUAAAGAGUUCCUGCCGGUCGAGUUUAUACUUCCUCGUGACCUUACAUAUUUAGAAAAGGUUGUCUCGAACAAUGGAGUAAUUUGGUUGGUACAUAAACCUGUGGCGUCGAUAAAGUACAAUUUCUUAAAACACAUGGCAUGGAGAGAAAUGCAGGUUUUCCAAAAUACUCUUCCGGACGAGGCGGACGACCUUCCUGUUGCAGAAGUUCAUGCUGUGAAGGAACUCAACUUAAUGUAUAGGUUGGCUGAUUCAGCCGGACUAAAAGUAAUAUUGCCAGCUUUGAUAAAAGAGGAAGAUCCAAAGAGUAUGAGGUGGAAACUUCAACUACAAAUAUUGUAUGCCUGGGUAGAACGGAGUAAAAAUACGAGUUCUAUUCCACUUGAACUUAUUGGAAUGCUUCUUAACAAAACUGAUCCAAAAUUCUAUAACCUUGUGCCUAAGAAUAAGUCAAAUACUCGAAAAUAUCCUUCAUAAUUGAACUGACGUAUAACUUGUGACUAAGUAUUUCUCCGUUCAGAAGGCUGGCCUUUCUUUAAUUAAUUAAUUAUUUAUUUUUAGUUACGUUAAGUCCAUGACUCGCUUAUGUAUUUAUUCUCUUUCGUUAAAUCUGCUAACAUUAUUUAAACAAAUUGAAUUAUUAAAACCGCUUAAAUAUAUACUUAGUAAACGGUAUCUCAAAUUUAUGCGAAGCUGGAAAAAUAAUCUAUUUAUAUGCUGUUAUUCGUCAUCAGCAGUGAAACGAAAAUUAUAUUAUUUCGUAACGUGAAGUAACAUGCUCAUGUACCUUGUGUUUUUUCUAUUAUUUACGUACGUAGUUAUGUAGUAUAUCACUGUAUAUCGUGCUAGUCCAUAUAUGACGGAUUAAAAGUUGUGAGGAAAAUCUACUGCA